AAUGAAAAAAGGAUAGGUCAAAAGGAAAUUUGAGAGUAUAUUAGAUUUUUAAUUAAAGGUUUUGGCUUUAGUUCUUCAAAUCCUUAUGACCAACGUAUUCAAAAAGAAUUAGUGUUGCAUAUACAAAAUUAGGUUCAGAUAGGGAAUGACUUUACACUUAAAUUAUAUAGUUGGAUGAAGAUUUCAAUCUUAAAAUAGAAAAUACAUAAAGCAACAAAACUUGAUUUAGGUGACUUUAGGGUCCUAUAUAAAAAUUAAGAGUUAUCAUUGAAUAAUUAAGAUCUUGAAGUAAUUCAUUUUCUAUUGAAAUAGGACUAUGGAAUUAAGAAUCAUGUGUCAUUAAAACUGAUGGCUCGUAAGUAGGGUUAGUAGACAUAUUUCAUCAAUAGUCUUCAUAAUAUAUUGGAAGAGACUAGAAGUACUUAAGAAAAAUUUUAAAAUGCUAAAUGGGCUGUAGAAGGUGCUUUUAUGAAAGGAAUAACUCCAAAAUUGACAGAUUUUGGAACAUAGGGAACUUACAUAUUAGAAAAUUAGAAUCAUAAACCAGUAGCAAUUUUCAAACCAUAUGAUGAAGAAGCCUUUGCGUAAGUUUUAAAGUAAUUAUGUAGCCCAAACAAUCCGAGAGGAAUGAGAGGGAAAAUGAAUUCUCCUGGACUUAGAUAAGGCAUCUUAUCAGGUGAAGGAGUAGAUAGAGAAGUAGCUGCAUAUUUAAUUGAUCAGUUAUCUGGACAUUAUCAUAAUGGUAAUGAUGAUAUUUAGUUAAUUUAGUCCCAAUAACUAAUUAUGUUUAAAUUUGUCAUCCAACAUUUCAUGAAGCAGAAGAAUAUAAAUAAUUUUAGCAUGAGAAAAUACCAAUUAAAGAAGGUUCAUUUUAAUUAUAUAUGCCACAUGAUGAUAAUGUUGGUAAUUAUGGAAGUGGAUUAUAUCCAUCUAUGGAAGCAAGAAAAAUAGCCAUUUUAGAUAUUAGAAUAUUGAAUUGUGAUAGAAAUGAAGAAAACAUUUUAGUGAGAAAAAAGUAAUUUAUUUUUUUAUAUUAUCAAUAAAAGAAAGCUUCCAUAAGCAAAUGGAUAAACAAGACAAUCAUUUGAUUAUUUCUUAAUUCCAAUUGAUCAUGGUUAUUCAUUUCCAGAUUCAUUUAAAAUUUGUAGAGAUGAAGUAGUCUGGUAUCAUUGGAAUUAAAUGACCUAACCAUUUACUUAGGAAGAAAAGCUUUUUAUAGAAAGGAUAGAUGUAGAGAAAGAUAUUUAAAUGAUAAAAGAAAAAGUAUAAUUAAGAGAAAUUUGUUUAAGAAAUUCUAAAAUUGCUACUAUUCUUUUAAAAAUGGGAGCAGCUGCUGAUUUGACUAUUCAUGAUAUAUCGUAAAAUAUAUUGUAUUAUUUUUUAGUGAAAUACUUUAUAGAGAAGAUCCUGAUGAAUUGUCACCAAUUGAAAAGGCUGUCCAAACUGCAGAAUUUAAUUAUAAGUAUUUUCAAUUACAUUAUUAUCAGAAAUAAUGUUAGAGUGCCAAAUGGAUUUUAAAAUUUUAAAGAAAAGUUAUUUUAAAAUAAUCUUAUAUAAAAAUCAUUAGAAUUUGAAUCCUCAAACUUAAAUAAUUUGGAUAGACCUUAAAUCAAUUAACCUCUACUGAAAUUAUAAAUUAUAAGAGAUGAGGAAGAAAAUAAAGAUACAAAUGAAGGAGACAAUAAAAUCUAGUAUUCUGAUAAAAAGUUAACUAGAGUUGGUUCUUAAUAGAAUAUAAAAAAUAUAAAAAAACCUACUUAAAAAGAAUGGAAUGAAGAAUUCUAUGCUCAUAUCACUUACUUAUUAAAAUAAUUAGUAGAAAAGAAAUAAUCAGAGAAAGUACCAUCUCCUAGAAAAUACAGACCUAGAUAUAUCAGUGAAGAAGUCAAAUGAG